CCACGCCCUCUCGGUCCGUUUCACCGUGCACGCCGCCAUUGCACAAGUUCGCCGGUCGAUUCAUAAUAUUCGUCUAAUUUCUACGUCUUCCUUUAUAAAUUUUAGCUAGGGAUGGUGGUCAUCAAGGAGUAUAGGAUACCCUUACCAAUUUCUGUAGAGGAAUACCAAAUCGCUCAACUCUAUGCUGUGGCAGAGGCCAGCAAAAAUGAGACCGGCGGAGGAGAAGGCAUUGAAGUUUUAGUGAACGAACCAUAUACAGCUGGCGAAGGUGGACAUGGAAAGAAUAUGCCUCCCGGAAUGGAUGGACAGUACACUCAUAAGCUCAUACAUUUACAUUCCAAGGUCCCUUCAUUUGUACGCAUGUUAGCACCGUCGGGAUCGCUGGAAGUUCACGAAAAAGCGUGGAACGCUUAUCCUUUUUGCAGAACCGAAUAUUCAAAUACGUACAUGAAAGAACAUUUCUCUGUAAUUAUAGACACUUGGCACAAGCCAGGUCACAAGGAUGAAUUCCACAACGUGCACAAUCUUGGCAAUCCAGAGUUACAAAAGCGAGAAAUUGUCAACAUCGAUAUCGUAAAUGACAAAGUUGAUCCACAUGAAUACAAGGCGGACGAAGACCCUUCCAAAGUAGGCUCCGAAAAAGCUAAGCGAGGCCCAUUGAAGAAGGAUUGGCAACAGAAAAACGAGGAAGACCCAUCCAAAAGUAAAGAAGGCUAUCCUAUGAUGACAUGCUACAAGUUGUACCGUGUUGAGUUCAAGUGGUGGGGACUGCAGACGAAGGUCGAGUCGAUAAUCAUGAAGGCCGUCCAUAGAUUGCUUCGAAACUUCCACCGUCAAAUGUUUUGUUGGAUGGAUAGAUGGUUUGGAAUGACUAUGGACGAUAUAAGAAGAAUUGAAGACAAGACGAAGAAGGAACUAGACGAAAUGAGGCAUAAGGGAGAGGUGAAAGGAAUGCAAAUGUAAUAAUGAAAGAAAAAUGGAAUAUUUAGUGAUUUCUUUACAAUCUCAGUACUGUGCCUUACAAUUUUGUCUGCUGGGUCGUUGCUGUGACAACUUAUGAAACUCUUUGUUUGGCAAAUGGACCUUGGUGUACUUGAAUUGUUGCUGUCACAGUUUUGUGGUAAGGAUGACAUUAGCUUUAGUUAGCAAUUUAGCAUACCUUCAUUACACCUUUUUUUCUAUGAUGUUGUCACUAGGGACAAUAUUUACUACAACAUCGAUUAAGGUAAUUCCCUUGAAUUGCACUGUGCACCCCUUCUGCGCAUAGUGGCACACACUGUUUGUUUGAAUUUUCUGGUAUAAGUGUGCGCGCGCCAUAGUUGUAUAAGAAAACAAAGCAAAAGGCGCACGUUCUUUACUUAAAAUCGCUUUGACAGAAAAACAAAGCCGGUUAGUUAAAUAUAUACAGAAAAACCUUAGCUACUACCGGUAAUUGUUUAUGAGACCAGAUUUUGGCAACUCGACAAACAGAAUUUAAUUUUCUAAAGACUAUGGGCACUCCUUUUGAAAACUAAGAGUUGGUAUUUUUCCUCGCGCGAUCAGUAAAAACAUGUCAACUCUAAGCCCCUCUGUUAUGAAAAAAAUGUCAGUACCCCCAUUUUUUAUUACAUUUUUUGAAAGCCCUUAACUUCAAUAUUGUUUAUGCAAAGUUUAAAAAAAAAUCUGGAUAGUAGAACUAUUUCAAGAGUAUUACCUUAAAUAUGGAGUUUAUUUGUUAAGAUUAAUAGGAAUGAAAAUUACAUGGUUUGAAAGUUUGAGUUGUUUAGCCAUAUUUUGGUCAAGAAAGUGCCAUGCAGACCAAAUCGCCCUAUAUUUGUAUGUAUACAGGUUUGGAAAAUUAUGACUGAGCUUUUGAAACUAGACAAAGUUUAUUUCCAACCCCAAAUAAAUUCAGAUACAUUCUCUGCCUGCAUUUAUUUUCUGAUUUUAUUUUCAAAUUUUUUUAAGCAUAAUUGGCAUUUGCAGUGCAGUUUGAUCAUUUAAACUACAACAAAGACUGUUCAAGCAAUACAGUAGUUUCUUGCACUGUUAAUUCAUGUAUUUCUAAGAAAAUUCUGCCAUUGGAAUUCAUGUAAAUGAUAUUAAUGGCUAAUUUCAUUAAUCACUUGGAUUUGAGUAAUCAUGUACUGUAAUUUCAUUAAUCACUUGAAUUUGAGCAAAUCAUGUACUGUUUAGUCAUCAAGGAUUUCAAGGAAAGGUGGCAUAAAAUAUAAGUAUUAACCACAGGCCUGAAGCAAGAAACAACGAAUUAGGCAACAUAUUAGAUAAUUAAUUACAAGCUGAGUAAGGCCUAAACUAUAUUGGUCACUUGUACAUAUUGGAAUUUACACUGCAUAUUGAACAAUCAAUAGUUGACAAGAGUUUGAAAGGCAAUUAAUGGGGCUUCUUGUCUAAGUUACUAGUAUUUUUCAGAUGAGUUUUGUAAAUUAAUUUGAUGAAUGCUUUAUUGAAUUUGAUCAGUGUUGGUUGUGGAUUGUGGUGGAAUAUUUGGCACAUUGCUUAAUUAAACAUUUUAUAUGCAUACUCAUUUUAUAAGCGUUAAGAUGGCAUUAAGUAAAAGCUUAAAGUAUCGGA